GUCCUCUGCACAUCUAUAAAUCGGCUCUCUCCUGCUCUCUCCAUGACUAGAAUAACUAUUUCCAUUACCUUGUAUUAUGUUGUGGCUAACACCUACUCACAAGGGGAGAGAGACAGAGACUGGGACAGAGAUGGGAGGGAUUCUGGCUUACGUUCUCAUCUUUCUCAUAAGUGUAGUGUCUUAUAUAAUUAAGAUAAGAAAAAAGAAAAAACCCAGUAAAGGAAUUAAGCUUCCACCAGGAUCAAUGGGUUGGCCUUACAUUGGAGAGACUCUUCAACUCUACUCUCAAGACCCAAAUGUCUUCUUUGCAUCCAAACAAAAAAGGUAUGGAGAAAUAUUCAAGACCCACAUUCUUGGUUGCCCGUGUAUUAUACUGGCUAGCCCAGAGGCAGCUCGGUUUGUGCUUGUGACUCAACCUCAUUUGUUCAAGCCAACAUAUCCCAAAAGUAAGGAACAUUUGAUUGGUCCAUCAGCUCUUUUUUUCCAUCAAGGAGAUUACCAUAUUCGUCUAAGGAAGUUGGUUCAGAGCUCCUUAUCUCUGAAUUCAAUCCGAAAUUUGGUUGCUGAUAUUUCAACCACAGCAGCCUCUACCUUAGAUUCAUGGGAUGGUGGACAUGUCCUUAACACCUUUCAAGAAAUGAAAAAGUUUUCUUUUGAAGUAGGAAUACUAGCAAUUUUUGGCAGUUUGGAAGCCCAAUACAGAGAAGAAAUGAAAAGGAACUACAGAAUAGUGGAUAAAGGCUACAAUUCCUUUCCAACAAGCCUCCCAGGAACUCCUUACAGGAAGGCAGUGCUGGCAAGAAAGAGAUUAGGCAAGAUUCUUGGUGAUAUUAUUCGUGAAAGAAAAGAGAAGAGAUUGCUUGUAAAGGAUCUCUUCGGUUGUCUAUUGAACUCGAAAAAUGAGAAAGGAGAACUCCUUACCGAUGAUCAAAUAGCGGAUAACAUUAUUGGAGUGUUUUUUGCUGCUCAAGACACCACAGCUAGUGCCAUGACAUGGAUUGCCAAGUAUCUCCAUGACAACCAUAGAGUUCUAGAGGCUGUAAAGGCCGAACAGAACGCAAUUCGCAAAUUGAAUGAUGAAAGUAAUCAGCCAUUGAGUUGGAGUCAAACGAGAAACAUGCCAUUUACUCAAAAGGUUGUGUUGGAGAGCUUGAGAAUGGCAAGCAUUAUAUCCUUCACGUUUAGAGAAGCAGUGGCUGAUGUCGAGUACAAGGGGUACCUGAUUCCCAAAGGUUGGAAGGUGAUUCCUUUGUUCAGGAAUACUCAUCACAAUCCAGAAUAUUUUAGAGAUCCUCAAAAAUUUGAUCCAACAAGGUUUGAGGUUGCACCAAGACCAAAUACAUUUAUGCCAUUUGGACGUGGACACCAUGCUUGUCCAGGAAAUGAACUUGCCAAGUUGGAGAUGCUUAUCAUGAUCCACCAUUUGCUCACCAAGUUCAGGUGGGAAGUGGUGAGAUCUCAAAGUGGGAUUCAGUACGGCCCGUUCCCUGUGCCAUUGCAUGGACUUCCAGCCAGAUUUUGGAAAGAACAUACCAGCUAGGAUAUAGGUGCUCUAGAUAAAUAAGCUGAGAUGCUAUUUGCCUUUUUAGCCGAGUAUUUGUUAUUUUUGCUCCUAAUUAGCAAUAGUCCUGUUUUUUCGUCAAUGCUUUCUCUUGCGAUUCUCAUUGUGACUUGGCCAUUGUAUAUAACAAAUAUGCGUGUAUUCUGUGUAAGUGCAUCUGCCA